GUCGGCUUGGGCACCGAAUUAAUAAAUGGUGGACGUAGAAUAAAAUUAACCCCACAAGGUGAACAAGUUGUGUGUGUUCUGCCUAAAAAUCGAACCCAGAUCCUCCGGGUCAAGAAAGACUGUCUCUAGCUACUGGUUCACUGAGACAAGAUGGCGAACAGAAAACUUUGUGCGCUAGUAGUGGUGUUAGGGCUGGUAUCGUUAGUUUAUGGAAUCAUGAGCGAUUGUGAACUACCGAAAGAUAAAGGGUCAUGUGAUGGGCGGUAUCGGAGCUACUAUUUCGACAUGAAUAGCCGGGAAUGCAGGCGAUUCAUUUGGUCUGGCUGCGGAGGCAACGGCAACAAAUUCUUCACCCUGGAUGAGUGCCAGUUCGCUUGCCACUACUACAUGCGCCUCAAACCGUAACUGCCAACACAACGAGCUUGCUAAGCACUAUUAGCCUGUUGCUAUUUUGUCAUUGUUUUAGAUGAUUCUCG